GCCGAUGAGUAGGGUUGGAGAUUGUAACUGAUGCUGGUAAUAAUUUCAUACCGUUUUUUCCCACGACGUCAACUGACACCGGUCAUAUUCGACGGGUGUUGUGUAUUUGUAAAUCCAUCUAUUUUAUUCUGCGUGAAUUUACGAACGCACCCAAAAUUAGUUGGCUGUCUGGAACGCAGCCACAACGCCCAAAAAAGAGCGAGCCAAAUUCUUUUAUCCGCCUCUGUGAGCUAGCAAGUGGCUAAAUAUCAAGCUAGACAGGAUGAGGGGGUUACCUUUAUUUCUGGCUUUCCUUGUACUUCUGAAAAUCGAAUUAAUCUUUGGAGUAUGGAGAUACAAUAAUAUUUUGGAGGAUGAAAACUUAUUUACACUACAAAAUGCGGUUUUCCUCAAGUAUGAUGGAUCUGACUUUGUUGAAUGGGAGUAUCCAGAGUGUUGUAAUGUCAACAACAAAAGCUCCCCAAAUGCCAUCAUGAAAUGCACUUCUCCUGGUUUCCAAAUGGUAAAGCCAUUGGUGUCUUCACCAGAGGAAGAAGAGGCACGAUAUCUUUUCAUCAGCGAUUCAUUUUUCAGUUUUAUCUGGUAUGCUGUAGUGCCUAUUGACAGAGGUUCAGCAGAAACAAGCUCCAAGAAAGUGAGAAUGUGGAUCAUUGAUCCAGAGCAAGCAGACUCUGCUGAAAUUAACAACACUGCACUUGUACCCUCAACGCAAUCAAGAUAUAUCACUAAGCACUUCUACAAUAACGGACAGUACCCAGUGAUCAAGUUAAAAUCUAAGCAGACACACCUGGGGCAUUUCCAGAAAGAUGGGUACUGGGAAGCAGUCAUCCCUGGUGAUGAAAGAUUCAACGAUUUUCACAUUUAUGGUCAGCCAAUCAGUUUCCAACAUCGCUUUGUCAUAGACGGUCAGCACACAUUCUACUGGCCAGAACCCGCAGAGCCCAAUGGGGAGAGGGAGGUGUCUUUGCGUCUGGCCCCAGGAAGCCCUUUAUCCGUGGUGUGGGGCACCUGUGAGCUCUACCGCGGCCUGCUCCUCUCCGACACAGGCACCCUCAUAACCAAGAAUGCUUUCCUCACCUCUGAGGAGCUGAAGGUGGACCCAGGAACGUUGCCUGUCCCUCCCGGGGGAUAUUUCACUGUGGACCAAGCUGCUCUUCUUGAGGACGGCAUCAUAUUUAGAAUAGAUGGCGCCCUCUACUGGAGGGACAACCAGGAUCGUGUGCUGACAGAACAUCCUCAACUUCCCACGAGUGGAGUGAUGGGCCUCUAUCAAAGAACGUGCUGCGCUAGUAACUACCCUGUUCAGGAUGUGGAACUGAGCUCUUUAAUUGUGUGGAAAGACAAUUUGUUGCUUGUGGGCCCAAAGAAAUUUAAAAACCCGGGUAGGGAGAAUUUCCUAAAAAUUGUGUUGAAGGUUCCUCCAAGAGUCACCUAUUUAACAGCAUCAUUCGGUUCCCACCCGGCCUCCCUGGCCACUCUGGUGAUGUACUCCGUCCCAGGCGCUAUCUCACGCAACUUCCUCACCAGUUACAACGAACUGGUCCCUAGUUGGAUAACCAGCACAUUCAUGACCAAGUUUAAGCUGAAGGACAUCCCUAAAGGUCCAUUUGAAAUGCGCUUCCUGGAAUCAGCCGAUGCAUCCCUGCUGCUGUGGAACAAAGACACCAUCCUCUAUAGCUUUCACAAUGACAACGAGUGGGGUGAGAUCAGACCCUUCAACGCAUCACAUCUCAGUGCUGCAGCCUUUGGCAGUAAGAUUCACCAAGUGGCCUUGGAUCACUCCUGGAACAUGCUGGUGAAGAUGGAGAACAAUAUCCUGUUCUACUGUAAAGUGGGCAUGCACGAGGUGGUGCGCUUGCACAAGUGGAUGGAGCCGGACAGUCGCAUGGUCCUCUACCUCAACCAGAAAGAGCAGAUCAACAUGCUCACCCUGACACCUGAGGGGCUGCACGUCCAGAAGUACCCCAUGUUGAUGGAGACUAAGAGCGCCAUGAAGGGCAGCUACCAUGACUGUCCCUUCAUCUCCUUUGAGCACAGUAUGAACACCAUUUCCUAUAACAUGGAUAAGGGAGACCAGAUGGUUCUGUGGGCUCAGAUAGUCUACCCAGAGGGAAAAGGUGUGCACGUGAAGUUCCUCAGCAACAAUGCGGACCUGCUUCAUAUUGAGCAGAAGUCUCACUUUGAGGGUGUGAACAGUGUGGACACAGUGAACACGACAUUUAUAAUCAGCCAGAAAGUGGAUUACAGUGAUGCAACGAGUUAUACACAUUUGACGAAAGAAACAAGUGGCAUUGUUACCCUGGAACUAGUACCCAACCAGAUUGGCAACACUUGUAAUUUGCCAAUGAGUCGGAUAUCCCAUUUUAAUGUUGGCUGCCCACCAAACAGACAUAUCCGUGUUGCUAGGCCUUGGGGAAUGCCUUGUGAGAUGCACAGCCUCACCAACUACACCAUUUUAAGGUCUGUACUCAGAGAUCCACAACAAGGCGAUAUAGUUGUGCAUUACGACUGGGAGAAAUUUGGAUGUCUACUCAAAACGCACUAUAAAAAUCCAUUUCUCCCAAGCAUUGACCUGUAUGAUGGAGACAACUAUGUUAGGAACGUCGACGCCAACUUCAUAGUAUGGGACAGAUUUGGUCGGAAGGACUAUUCGUUUAAUGCAACCAUGCGCCAGGUUGCCUGUCUCCAUGAAUCUCAGACCUGGUUUUCCAUGCUGACUGGGGGGAAAAGCCUGGAGGAGGCCUGGGGUCCGGAGAACUACAGGACUUGUUUUAAGGUCAGCCCUGGCAAGUUGGAGAACCUGGACCAGCCUUAUGAAAUAAUGAACAGAAGCUCCAAAAACUUUCUGACGUUUUCCCAGGUGGACAGUGCUACCUAUGUGUUUAAUGUCAAGAUACUGGACCCCAAUUACAGCUUCUGUGACCUUCAUGCUGUGUUUGCAGUCCAGACCUAUGGCAUUACAAUUCCGAAGUAUCAGCAUCUAACUACAUAUGUGGCCAUUGUUUUUACAAUUUUCUCACUCUGCAUACUGGGCUACAGUUACUGUCGAUAUGUGACUAUUUUCAGGAAUCUGCUGGCAACCAAAAGGCAUAAAUAUGAAUAGGUAAUUAAAAUACUUUCACUAAAAGUGGUUUUAUUUAAAUCUUACUGUUUGUAAUUAUAUGUUUAACGUCAGUUAUGCAUCUUUCAGUCAUGUAUUUUAUAGAUUGUUACUGUCUCCAACAUGUCUUUGCAGUUAAUGGAAUUGAAAUAAGAUGUUUAAGAACCAAUCCCAAAAGUAAUGUUUAACUUUGAACUUUUUGUCUUGAUUUCUUGGUGCUCUUUCAAAAACUGUAAUAAACCAAGGAGAAU